AUGGCGCCCCCCAUCUCUCGUCCCGUCUAUCGUCGCUACGAGCCCUGCGUUAGAACCAAUCAGGGCUACAUCGAUGCAGACAGCUGCUAUGUUCCGUUCUGGAGCACAAGGGAGGGUGUGAUCAUUAAGUGGUCGCUCUUCCUGGGCCUCAUUGUCUUCAUCAGCCUGUAUCUGCUCGUGGGUUAUCUUCAUGCUCAGCAGCGGCUUAAGAAGGGCCUGGCGCCGCUGUCCUAUCACCGGUUCCUCGUCCCUCGGUCUAGCCGUAACCCAAACAACCGCUACUCCUACCCGCCCCAGACUGCUGUUUUGCGUCCUCUCACGGCCGAGGCGCACUACCUCGACCUGCACUCCAUUCCUCCUCCAGUUUACGAUCCCAAUGCUCCUCGUCCGCCUGCGUAUGAGCCCUCGGCUGGUUCAACCAAGGUAGAGCCCAACCAGGGCCAGUCGCUACAGCAGCAGCAGCAGCAGCAGACUACUCCUGCUCUCGCUAUUCCCGAAGGCGACCCCCCGCCCUAUGUCCCUUCGCCGAUUGUUCCGUCACCCUUGACUCCCCUCGGGAUCAUUGCUCCGUUGUCGGCCACGAACGCUCCCGGUCCGGCUGGAGCCAGUACUCAGGUUCCUGCUCAAAUGGUCCAAGAGGAGGAUUUCGUCCCUCCUCCUGGCCCUCCUCCCAGCCACAGCGCGCAGCAGCAGCAACCCCAGACGACGGCGGGCACUAACCCUUUCCGGAACUGA